AUGGAGGAUGACAGUGAACAUGAGCAGAGCUGCUGGGCAUAUCUACCUGAUGUCUGCCUCAGCCACGUGUUCUGGUGGUUAGACGAUAGGGACAGAUCCCAGGCUGCCUUAGUCUGUAAGAGAUGGAGUCAGGCCAUGUACGCGGGGUCUCUUUGGAGAACCAGAACCAUCACCUUUUGUGGGAGGCCUUCUAGGUUGCACACAUCAGAGCUUGAAUCUUCUCUGUGGUAUGUCAAGAAAUUUGGCAAGUACUUGGAACACCUCGAGGUCAGGUUCCUGAAUCCUUACAAUGCUAUCUUGACACGAAAAUUUCAAGUGACAAUGAAAGGGCUUCUCUCACGCUUGGGCAAAUGUAACAGCCGACUGGUGUCCGUGAGUAUGCAGCACCUGGAGUUGGACCGAUUGGUCUGGAAAAUCGUGACCAGGAAUCAGUUUAUCAAGAACCUAAUACUUUUCCUGAAAAGAGUAGGCUCCCAUCUGGAUCAUCUCAGCUUGAAAGGAGCCAGGGUGACGUUGGAAGAAGGCUGUGAGCUUUUGAGCUCUUUGAGCUACUUGAAAAAUAAAAGCCUUGCCUCUGAAGUCAACAUAGAAAAUUUCUUCGAGCGUCACCUCGCUGUCUACAGAAGCCCCCUGUUUUACGAAACCAUGUCCAAGUUCCGCAAUCUGGCCAUCCUGAGCCUCAAUUACAACUGCAUUUCCGAUGAACUGCUGGACACGCUGUGUGAACAUAAUGCCCAUUCUCUCUGGACCCUAAAUAUCAAAUGCCAUAUCCAUGACCCUCAUAGGCAAAUAAUCUGGGGGGUAUCCUGGGGAAACCUAGCCAAGAGAGCCCCCAAACUCAGAGUGAACUUCUUCUUUGAAAGAGUCAUGAAGCAUGACAAGUUAGCCAGGAUCCUGUUAGCAGAGAUCCCUGUCAGGAGCAUCAAUCUACGCAGCUGUUAUUUCAGAGACCCGGACUGGACAAUGAGACCCACCCUCACCAAUCUCUUGCCAUUUUACAAGCACAUCCUACAGAAAUUAACCCUUGAAUUCAACAACAGCCAUGAAUUCCUGGAUGAGGAACUCCUGCAGCUCGUGCUGUCAUGCAGGAAGCUGUUCUUUCUGAAAAUCUGGGCCUUCCUCGAUAUCACGUUUGUAGAGAGGCUGCUGCAAAAUCAGGUGGAAGGCAAAUGCACCUUACGUACGCUGAAGGUGAGGAUUUAUACAAGUCAGCACGAAACCAACCAAGAGGACCACAUGUUGAGAGAAAUUUACAUAAGAUACAAAGACCUGAUUAAUUCAGAGCUGAAUUAUUUUGUCAUCGCCUACCCGAUGAUGUGAGAACAGUGUGAUCCAUGAGGGGAAAAAAAUAAAAAAUAAUUAAAAAAAAAAAUA